UCUUCUUCCGCAGAGUAUCGCACAGCAGCAGUCAGCGCGUCACAGUGCUGGGAGGAUGGAUGGAGCGGCCUCGUUUGGAGCGGGCCGAGCCGGUUCGGCCUUUGAUCUGAUUGCGUUCAUCAAACAGCCACAGACAAUCCUAAGAGUCCUGGCAUGGAUCUUCUCCAUGGCGGUCUUUGCUUCUAUAAUAAAUGAGGGCUAUGUGAAUAUGGGCAGCGAGCGACUGCACUGUGUCUUUAAUAAGAAUGCAGACGCUUGUAACUACGGCAUCACUAUAGGAAUUGUGGCUUUCUUAGCAAGCGUCUUCUUCCUGGCCCUGGACAUCUACUUCCCCCAGAUCAGCAGUGUCAAAGACAGAAAGAGAGCAGUGCUGUUAGAGAUGGUUUUUUCAGGAUUCUGGACGUUCCUUUGGUUUGUAGGAUUCUGCUUUUUGGCCAGUCAGUGGAGUCAUACGUCCCCUAAGGAGUUGCCGCUGGAGCAGGCAUCAGACGCAGCACGAGCAGCUAUUGCCUUCUCUUUUUUCUCAAUCCUAACCUGGGCGGGCCUUACAGUGUGCGCUGUUCAGAAGUUCCUGCUCGGUACUGACUUGACACUGUUCACCACUGAGCACAUGGGAGGCCAGCCGCCCAAGCAGCCGUACCCCUCCAACGACGUAAUCGGUCAGACCACCAUCCCUGUCAACGCUUACCAGAGUCCACCGCUCAUCGAAACUGUGGAGACCCGCCCCCCUGGAUACAACAUCCCACCUGCAUUUUAAUCCACAACCAAUCAGAAGUCAAGGAAUAUAGCAGCGCUAAAGGACAGAGUAUAGACUGCCGUCAAUGUUAGCUAAAUGUAAAUGUAUCGUAUCUCAAUUUAGUAGCGGGUUGGCGAGGGGAUGAUGCUCACCUCUGUAAUCAACACUAUAAUACAGUCUGAUAAUGUAGUCUCACUUUAAAGCAAAGAUGGAUGUUUUGGGUUGAUUGUCAUUGGCUACCCAAACGUUUUACAUUCAGCUAAAAAAUGAUCGUCAAAAUCACCAUGUCCUUCUUAUUUAGUAAAGCAAUUUAUUAUUUUUGUUUAUUUAAAGAAAU